AUGCCCAUGGAAUUGAGAGCAAUAUUAGAAGUUCCAGGAGGUUCUGUUUUGCAUCGAUGGAAGAGUCAGUGGUUUGUUUUAGAUAAAUUGGGUGAUUUGAGAUAUUUUGAGACACCUGAUCACCCUGUAGCAGAAGAAAGAUUAGUUGUUAGAGCUGUUGUUAGACAAAUUAGAACUGGUGCUGAAUGUGGAAGUGUAUCAUUACCUGAUAAUCUAUCUAAAGCUAGUGUAAUGAUAUUAGAUAUGAAUAAUGGUAGUCACAUGACAUUGUGUGCUGAAACACCCGAUGAUAUGAAAGCAUGGCACAUAGCAUUAGAUGAAGCAAGAACAGCAUAUGGUCCAUCUCCUCAACAAAGUGUACAUGCUGUAGGAAAUGCAACUAUAAUUAACCGACCACUGACUUCAACAACUGUUAUUUCUGGACCUGGUGUUUAUGGUGGUUAUGGUGGUUAUAGUGGUUGUUAUUCUGGUUAUCCUGGACGUGUUUUAACUACACCAGGUGUCACUGUGAUACCGGCUCAACCAUCUGUUACAUGCAUACCAGGAGGGACUACAGUAGUUAAUGCAGCACCACAACAAGUGGUAUACAUGAAUAGAUCACCUUAUUAUAGUAGAGGAUUGUUUGGUCCUUACUUGUGGGGUGUUGAAGUCCCUCCUUUUUCAUGUGGCCUUGAUAACUUAUGCUCCAGAACCUUCAAUUCUCCUAUAAAGUUAGCCUUCCAAAGCAAGGUGACAUACGCUCACCAGUAG